GUCAAAUGCACCCUAAAAUUGCAAGAUAUUAUCUAUUCAGCGGGGGUCCCAUUCAAUUUGGUGUAUUCAUGAUGUUAUGGCUAUUAUUUGUGACAAAAUUGGGUCCAAUACUUAUGAAACAUAGGAAACCCUUUGUAUUGCGAGAAAUAAUGAUAGUUUACAACUUGAUACUAGUGCUCAUCAAUGCUUUCUAUGUAUACGAGUCCCUUAAAUGGCUAGAUUUGGGUAGCAAAUCACUGGAUCCACAGCUACCUGAGCUUCACGAGUGGUUGAGUAAAAAUGAGAGCGUAUUACCCAGAAGAAUUUUCUAUUUUAACACAAAAUUCUUUGAUUUAUUGGACACCAUAUUCUUUGUGUUGAGAAAAAAGUCAAAUCAGGUCUCAUUUCUUCACGUUUAUCAUCAUUUUAUUGUUCCAGUGAUGGGUUACAUAGUGGCCACUGUAUGUCCGCAAACAGUUAUUUUGGAGGCGUUUUGUUUGCUUAACUCUACUGUUCAUACAAUUAUGUAUUUAUAUUACUUUUUAUCGGCAUUUGGGCCCAAAAUUCAGCCAUAUUUAUGGUGGAAGCGAUACAUCACACGAUUGCAGUUGAUACAAUUUGUGAUCCUGGGCAUCUAUUGUUUACAUAGCCUUAUAUUUAGGGACAUUUCAUCAUAUCCACUGCUUAUCGUAAUUCCAGUAUCCAUACAGCCCUUCGUAUUUCUCUAUAUGUUUCUCAGAUUUUAUUUAAAAGCAUAUUAUAAAAUGUCUGAGAAAAUUAAAGUUAAA